AGGAAAAAUACAUUAUUUCUUCCUCAAAACUUCCUCUCUCUAAAACACACUCCUUCUCUCUCUCCAAACGCCCGCAUAUUGUCGUUAUCCUUUCUUUUUCAUCCACUAACAAUCGCUUGUGAAUUCGAAUCUGAGAGCUUUCUGCAAUGUGGUGAAUUGAAUUUACUGGAGAGAAGCAGUGCCGUUGAGUGCAAAAUUGGAGCUAUCAUCUACUCCACCUUUGAGAUUUAGAGAGUGUACUUAACUGGUGAUGGGGCCAACAAGAAAAUCUAGAAGUUUGAACAGGCGGUAUACUCAUGACGAUUCUCCCAGCAAAGAUGAUGAUAGUACCAAAAGAAGCAGUGGCCGGAAAAGAAAGUUGUCUGACAUGCUUGGGCCUCGGUGGACUACAGAAGAGCUAUCCCGUUUUUAUGGUGCUUACCGCAAGUAUAAUAACGAUUGGAGAAAGAUUGCAAGUUCUGUGAGAAAUCGCUCUCCCGAGAUGAUGGAGGCCCUUUACACAAUGAAUAGGGCAUAUUUAUCUCUUCCACACGGAACUGCUUCUUCAGAUGGGUUGAUUGCUAUGAUGACUGAUCAUUACUGCAAUUUGGCAGGAAGUGACAGUGACCUGGAAAGCAAUGAUGGGACUGGAUCAUCUAGAAAGACUAAGAAACAGGCAUGUGGCAAAAUCCAACCUACUACAUCUAAAUCAUAUAAUGACCAAUUUGUUUCACAUUGCCAGGUCACUAUGCCAGAUUAUGGUUUCCUACCAUUUUUGAAGAAGAAACGCUCUGGAGGUGGCCGACCUUGUCCUGUUGGGAAAAGGACACCAAGAUUCCCCGUUUCAUUUCCAAGUGAAAAGUUUAUAGCAGAAAGUAAUGUUUCUCCCAGAAGGCCAGGCUUGAAGUUAAAGGUUAAUGCCAAUGAUGAUGAAGUAGCUCAGGAGAUAGCCAUUGCUUUAGCAGAGGCAUCACAAAAAGGAAGCUCUUCCAAGGUUUCACAGACACCAAGUAAAAUAGCUGAAAGUGUUAUGUCAUCACCUUUUAGAUAUGCUCAGAGCAAGCAUUCUGUAGCAGAAACGACCAGCAACCAGAAUGCUGCCGUGGAUGAAGAAGAAUUAGAAGGAAGCACAGAGGCUGAAACUGGUGAAUUGUCUAGGUACAAACCUUCUCUGGUGGAAUCUAGGAGUCCUGGUACAGUGAAAGAGAAGACAAAGAAACUCAAAGGCAAGAAAUGUGAAAUUGGUAAUAAUAGUGAGCAUCUCUUAGAUGACAUCAAGGAAGAAUGUAGUGGAACAGAAGAAGGUCAGCGGGUUGGAGCAAUGACAAGCAACUUUCAUGUGGAGGUCACUGAUACCAAGAUUUCAAGCUCCUCUGUGCACAGUCAGAGAAAGAAGAGCAAAAGGAUUCUCUAUGGAAGAGAUGAUGCUCCAGCCUUUGAUGCCCUACAAACACUAGCUGAUUUGUCUCUGUUGAUGCCAAUGGGAGAUGAAGAUGAGUCAAGGCUGCAUUUUAAAGACGGAGGUGAUGAUCCUGUUGAUGAGUUGCUGUCGACAGAAUCUCUUCCAAUUGACCAGAAAAGAGAAAAACGACAAUACUCAGGGGUAAGAAUGAAAGGACACAAGCCACUAUCAAGUUCCAAAGUUGCUCCUAGUAAAACCUCAAAACCUGGAAAAGCCUCAGUUACUAGUUCUGUUCCUGAAGAAGAUAAGGAUCUUCAACCAUCUAUUGCCAAAACCCCAAAAAGGAAACAAAAGAUGCAAGUGUCUAAGGUUCCAAAAACUGAAGCACGUCCAGAUCUUCAUCUAAGUCGAUCUCCUAGGGUUGAGGAUGGAGAUCCUGGGAAGAAGUUAAUGAAUAGAAGUAAGAAAUCUUCUCAAAGUGGCUCACCUCAUUCAAUAAGAAACUCUGGGAAUUCUUGCAGUGCUGAUAUACAAAAAGAAGCAAGUGAGUCUGCACAGGUUCCUGUGGUUAGUCAGGUCCACUCACCAACUAAAGUCAGGAGCAGGCGAAAAAUGGACCUCAAGAAACCACAAAAACUUUGUGAUAACAUCUCAAACUACCAAAGUGACCUGUCAAUUGCUUCAGUCCAUGGAAGAGUGCUUAAGUCAAAGGAAAAUAUGUCCAUUUGCUUGUCAAAUCCUCGUCUAAGAAGAUGGUGCAUUUACGAAUGGUUCUACAGUGCCAUUGAUUAUCCUUGGUUUGCAAAGAGGGAGUUUGUUGAAUAUCUGUAUCACGUUGGAUUGGGUCAUGUGCCAAGAUUAACUCGUGUGGAGUGGGGUGUAAUUAGAAGUUCUCUUGGUAAACCACGACGAUUUUCAGAGCAGUUCCUCAAGGAAGAGAAGGAGAAGCUUAAUCAGUACCGUUAUUCUGUCAGAAAACAUUAUACUGAGCUACGUGAAGGUGUUCGGGAAGGACUACCAACUGACCUUGCAAGGCCUUUAUCGGUUGGACAACGUGUCACUGCCAUCCAUCCAAAAACAAGAGAGGUCCACGACGGAAGUGUGCUGACUGUUGAUCAUUCUAGGUGUCGGGUACAAUUUGACCAUCAUGAACUAGGGGUUGAAUUUGUCUUGGACAUUGACUGCAUGCCUUUGAACCCUCUCGAGAAUCUGCCUACAGCAUUAGUUGGGAAACAACCAAUUUCUGCUGAUAAGUUUUUUGGAAAUUUCAACGAGCUAAAGAUGUGCGGACGAAUACAAGACUACAUGAAGCUUUGCCCUGAUGACAAAGUUGUUGCCACAGACAAUAUCUCCCACUUGUCUCUUUCAGUUGAUCCUGCAAGUUUGUUGAAUCAGACAAAGGUCUCUUCUGCAAAUACUAAUUUGCAAAUGAGGAUUGGAUCUGCUGAAACUCCCAAUUACCAACAAAUAGCAUAUUCUCAGAUCCAGGCAAAGGAAGCUGAUGUUCAAGCUCUGGCUGAACUGACUCGUGCACUUGAGAAAAAGGAAGCUGUUGUUCUAGAGUUGAGGCGCAUGAACGACGACUUGUCCAUAUAUCAGAUUGACAGCAAUAACUCUUUGAAGGACUCUGAGCCAUUUAAAAAGCAAUAUGCUGCAGUGCUUGUACAGUUGAAUGAAAUCAAUGAUCAGGUUUCUUCUGCUUUAUAUUGCUUGAGACAGAGGAAUACAUAUCAAGGAAGCAUGCCACUAAUGUGGUCCAGGGCAGGCACCAAUUCUGCUGAUCCUGGCGGAGAAUUUUCUGUCGACCAUUCUGCAUGUCAAACUACUGAAUCAGGACCCCACGUGAACGAUAUCAUAAAUAGUUCAAGAACAAAAGCAUGGGCAAUGGUGGAUGCAGCAAUGCAGGCGGUUUCAUCUCUCAAGUGUAGGGAGGGCACCAUGGAGAAGAUCGAGGAGGCUAUAGAUUAUGUUAAUGACCGACUUCCAUCCGAUGAUUCCAGCACACCUAUGGCACCGCAUCCUAAUGCUAUGAGUGCAUCCGACACAGAAUCUCAAAUUCCUUUUGAGCUGAUCUCCAAAUGCGUGGCAACUUUGCUCAUGAUUCAGAAGUGCACACAAAGGCAGUUCCCUCCUUCCGACGUGGCACAGAUUCUGGAUUCUGCAGUCACAAGUUUACAGCCACGCAGCACGCAGAAUCUCCCUGUUUACUCUGAAAUACAGAAGUGCAUGGGCAUCAUCAGGAACCAAAUAAUGGCGUUGAUACCGACGUGACACGGCUUCACCUGCUGUCGGAAUGUAAAUAAUUCAUUUCUUGAUUUGAUUAUCAUAGCUUUCAGUCCUUGUUAACGUUGAAUGAAGAAAAUGGAGUGAGAGCCAUUCUGCUUGAUUGUUGGUUACCUUUGAACUUAAUGUGGUGAUAGUGUUUGACUGAGAUGCCAUUUGCAAUUUUUGUAAUUUAAUUUUCGGCCACAAUUACUCGAUCUUUUAGUGAAUUUUGAAGGACUGCUGUA